CUUGGCAACCUGACAACAGCAGCACCAAGGAGAGCGCGAGCCAGGGCUUGGGAAACAGCACCAGCCACAUCAUCAGCACGCACCCACGGCGGCGGCCCUGGCCUAAAGAGCGGCUGCUGCUGUCCGCGGCAGAAGAGAGCGCCUCGGGACGGCUGGAACCUCUGGGCAUGCAUGGAAUACGCAUGUCAGCCAGCGCGGUUUUGUGCCUCUUAUAAGACUAGACCUGCGGGCAGUGUUUGUAAUUCCGCUACAAAAGCAGAGACAAGGUGCCCAAUAAGAGAUCUUUCUAGACCUAAAAAAGUAUGGAGGGCGCCAGAUAGAAAGUUGGUUUGGGGAAAUCAAGAUACUAUCAAACCUUUAUCCUUGAGUGCUUUGAAUGCGAAGCUAACUAAAAGAUUUGAACGACUUGCAGAACCCAAGAAGAUUUCCAAACUACACAUACCUAACAGGCCUGAAUACUAUAAUAGUUGGGGUCGAGGAUCUAUAAUCUGGAAGCUUCCUACAAAGUCAUUUUUUAAUUAUCCAUCUCCCCGGAUUGAAAAUCUGGCAGUACCAAAGCAGUUACAGGAAGAAUACUUAGAAAAAAGGCCAUAUAGCUCCCCAGAAUGGCAUGUGAAAGAUCCUUCACUCAUCCCUGAGGCCUCUGUCCGGAUAGUUCAACUCUCUGUGGCUAAAUCUACACAUCCAGACUUUGUUGCUCCCAAACAGGUUGAAACAAAGAUUACACCUGCUGCUCUUCAUGCAAAUCCCUCAUCAAGAGUGAUUUCUCUUUCAGAACCAAGGAUCAAAACAGAAACAUUAUAUUUCGAAAGAGGAAGGAAUGAUUUGCCAAUUCGCCCUGUAUCCACUGCUGCCAUGGCAGCUCAGCCAAGUUCUCGUACACUAUUUCUAGCUAAAGCGAAAACUGUGCAUGGCGAUUAUCUCCCAAUGCGUCCAGUUCAGCAGCCAGUACGACGCGCUGCCCUAAAUUAUGUUCCAUCACCUAGGAUUGAAGCACUAUCUACCCCCAAUCCAAGAAAUCCUUUGACUGUGAAUGCUAUUAACCUAGAUGCCUUUAAAGUUAAGGAAACUGCUAAAGUAGCAAUCUGUUCACCGAGAAUAGUGAAACUGGCGGAGCCUAUUAAACGUUGAACGUGCAGAACACAAUUACUUCCAACAACAGUUAUGUGUCUUGAUUUCAUCCUAAGAUGUUUGGCUCUCCUUUUCUGCCAGAAAACACUUGCUGAGACCUCUGGGAGAAUCACUGUAAUGAUUAAACAGCAAUUGUUUCUUCUGAGCACUUUUUGAGUGUGUAUUUCUAGUCUCCAACAUUUCCCUUCACUCCCACCAAAAACGUGAGAAGUUACUAAUGGUGGCAUGUCUCAUUAUCAUCCUUUUAAGUGAAAGAAAACAUGCCCUUUUUAUUGAUUAGCCUGAAGUGUGAGCUCUUCUUGUAUUUUCUUGUGUUUCAUUUAUUUUAUUUUCUAAUAAGGUUAGUGUUCCCAUAGUAUGACAAUAUUUCUGUCCUUUUCUUCUCAUAAUAUGCACAUGUGACUUUAUCCUUCUUACAAUAAGUAAUUUUGUUCCUAUACUAUUGUUUUUAAUUAGCUGGAUAUUGCAUUAUUAUCAGCAAUUAUACAUUGAUAAGAAAGGCCAAGUUCUCUCAUUUUGUUCUGGAUGUAAUAUAAAUGAUGUGUUAUUAACCCAAAGUGUCACAUUUCCCCCAACCUUUCUCUAUCUAUGUAUGCCCAGUCUCGUGUAAAAUAAGUUCCUUGGUCAAUACAGUUGUUAUAGGACUACUUGAAAACAGCAGAAAGUUUGACAAGAUCACUCAAUGGCACACCUGCACAGGUUUUACAUUUUCAAGAUUCCAAGGCACAUGCAAAUUUUACUUUAGACAAAAUCACAUAACUGAAAAAGAGAUAAAAGCAAAGUAGUGAAUAAUUCUUGGGAAACUAUACUUAAGGUCAUUUAAUUCUAUCUCCACACUCUUCAUGUUGAAGGAAUACCAAUUUUAUGUUAUAUAGACAUAAGGUUUAUAAGAAGAUCUUAUUGAAAAUUAGGGUAAGGAGCUGACUAAAUGCCAAGAGGUUGCUGCAAAUGAUAGAUUAAAGAAGGAGGCUAAUUCUGUGGUAACAAGAUUUCUACUAAAGCCUUUUAUUUCUGGGAUUCUUAAUCAUACAAAAAGUUGAUGGGAUAGAGUCUCAGGCAAUUGCCAUAUGCAGCUUAGGCUCCCCCCAGAAAAGUUUUAUGAUCACAUGAGAAAUUCUAAUUAAUGCAUUAAUUUCAUAUAAUCAAUUCUGUAUUCUAAGUUACCUUUCUACAUAUUUUAGCAAAGCUCUUCCCUCUGAGCCAGUUUAAAAUUUAGCCUGUUCAUAAGUCACUGUAAUGGAAGGGGAAAGAUUUGUUAUUAACCAUACUUAUAGCUCAUGUGAAAAUUCCAGGACAUCUGUUUGUUACCUAUAAAGACCUACAAGGUGACCUGAUAUAUUUCUACAAGAUAUAUUGUCCAUACUUGCCUGUUCUUGUACAAUGAAGGAGAACCUUACCUCUCUAACCUUUCUAGGCACCUGGGGGUUUGUUAACUCAGGUACACUAACAAGGUCUGCAAUAUACAGAUGGAUCUCAUAAAUCAAUCAAGCAUUUCUUAAUGACAGAGAGGGGUGGUUAUUGGCCCUACAUAGGGGUUAGCCCACUCUCUUGAUGUAACCAAUCAUGUUGUUCCUCACCCCCAUGAUGUUAUCUACCCUAUAACUAAUUGCAUUGUCUUUCCCACCUACCCAACCCUGUUCUUUGUUUUGUGCUUCCCUAAAAACUCUAAAAAAUGUUGUUAACCCCAUAACUGGGUCUUAGCUUUGCUGGGGAAGCUAAGAACCUAUUUAUUGAUAAAUUUGUGCUUUAUCAAUAAAUUGAAUU